CGGAGUCGACCUGUUCAAUCGCUUCUCCAGCGGGUGUUGGCCAAAGCUCCACCUGCACUCAUUUUCCGCCAUGUAGGAAGCAUCACGUAAACGUCCGUCCACAGACGCACCUGAUGUCGAUUGCCCCCCUUUUUUUGUUUUGUUUUAUUUUGUAUCCGGCGGCUCCGUGAAAAUGGUGAAGCGGAAGAGCUUGGACGACAGCGAGCAGGAGAACUGCCGAGGGAUCCCGUUCCCCAUACAGACCUUUCUGUGGAGGCAGACCAGCGCGUUUCUGCGACCAAAGUUAGGGAAGCAGUAUGAAGCUUCUUGCGUGGUGAGUGUUCAUCUCAGAUUCAUCCGCCAGAGUGAUGCGGCCCUGAUUUUCAUUACAGCGGAACCUUCCGUCGCGGGCAUUUUCAAAUCUUUCGAGCGGGUCCUAGUGGAGAACAAGCUCCAUGGGCUGUCUCCAGCUCUCACCGAGGCCAUCCAGAGCGUCUCGCGCUGGGAGCUGGUCCAGACAGCGCUCCCUCACGUCCUCCACUGCACCUCCAUCCUGCUCUCCAACCGCAACAAGCUCGGACACCAGGACAAGCUUGGUGUGGCCGAGACCAAGCUGCUCCAUACCUUGCACUGGAUGCUGCUGGACGCUCCCCAGGAGUGUCACCAGGACCAGGGGCACGGUUGCAGUGCUUUCCUGCAGCCGCUGGGGAACCAGGGAGGCCUGGAGCGCAAUGGAAGCAGCGAGGAGAAUGAGUACGCCCGAGCCAAGCUCUACCACAAGAACAUGGCCACUGUGGAGCUAUUUGUCUUCCUCUUCGCCCCGCUUGUAAACCGCAUUAAGGAGUCCGAUCUGACCUUUCGAUUGGCUAGUGGACUUGUCAUCUGGCAGCCAAUAUGGGAGCACCGUCAGCCUGAUGUACCCGCCUUCUCUGCUCUCAUUAAACCAAUGCGCAACAUUGUUACUGCAAAAAGGAAUUCUCCUGUGAGUAACCAGUGCAGUCCGUGCGGCGCCGCUAACCCUUGCCCUGCGGUGGUGUGCGAGUCCGCUCAGUCAGACUCCUCCUCCCCUUCUGUGACGGGCCAGAGCUGUCGCCGUGGUAACUCGGUGGACAGAGGAGGCUCCUCCCAGCAGCCAUAUGAAAAAGGCCUCUCCCAGAAAAACAGAGUGUCCAGCCCUGGCGGUAUCUCUUCACCCCAGCGGGUGAGGUAUGCCACCUACUUCGACGUGGCAGUCCUGCGGUGUUUACUGCAGCCUCACUGGACAGAGGAGGGUGUGCACUGGGCCCUGAUCUUCUACCUGCAGCGGCUGCGUCAGAUCCUGCAGGAGAAGCCACAGCGCCCCCCCGAGCCCUCCACAGCUCCUCUGCCUCGGCCGCGGAGCAGCUCCAUGGUAGCUGCAGCGCCCUCUCUGGUCAACACCCAUAAAACGCAGGAUUUGACCCUCAAGUGUAAUGAAGAGGCUCGGUCACUGAGCUCGGAGACCUUCUCCAAAGUGUCCAUCACCAAUCUCCGACGACCAGCAGUGCCAGACCUGUCCACAGACAUGGGGAUCAACAUCUUUAAGAAGUUCAAGAACCGCAGGGAGGACCGGGAGCGCAAAGGCUCCAUUCCCUUUCACCACACAGGAAAGAAGCGUCAGCGGCGUAUGGGCGUGCCCUUCCUCACGCACGAGGACCACCUGGACGUCUCGCCCACAAGGAGCACCUUCUCGUUUGGGAGUGUCUCUGGCCUGGGUGACGACCGCCGCACCCUGGACCGUGGGGGCUGGCCCUCCACCAUCAUGGGAAGGCUCACCCGCCGUGGGAGCACAGAUACGGCAGGCGAUGUGGACAGUCUCAGCGCCAAACAUUCACACUCUCAGCAUAACCUGCCCGAUCACUCCAACAGUCACAGUGACAACACCAUCAAAGAGGGCGUCCGCUCCCAGAUCUCAACCAUCACCAUGGCAACAUUCAACACAACUGUGGCCUCCUUUAACGUGGGCUACACGGAUUUCUUCACGGAGCACAUUAAGAAGCUGUGCAAUCCUAACCCCGUGCCAGACAUGCCUAGCGAGCCUUUGGCCUGCUCCAACCUGCCCCGCAGCCUCACAGACUCCUGCAUCAAUUACUCCUGCCUGGAGGAGAGGGACACCAUCGAGGGAACCAACAACUUCAUUCUGAAAAACGGCAUGCUAGAUCUCACGGCUGUCCUCCGGGCUCUGUAUGCUGUCCUCACCCAUGACAUCAGCUCCCGCAUUUGUGACGUGGCCCUCAACAUCAUCGAGUGCCUCCUGCAGCUGGGGGUGGUCCCCAGCCUGGCCAACAUGCACUCCAAACCAGAGAGCAAGACAAAAGAGGCAGAGCAGCCAAAGGAAGGAGCUGCUCACAGUGUUCCCGGGACUCAUGGGGGCGUGGCUGGUGCGAUGGGGGCGGGGUCUGCCGCAGGGGGUGGAGAUGGUGAUGGAGGUGAUGGAGGAGGAAGCAGAAAUGAUAUUAAAAACAACAAAGACAAUAAGGAGGAAGAAUCUUCUCUCAGCGCCCACAGGCUGGCUCUCACCAUGGUCAUUAAGAUCGUCAAGUCUCUGGGCUGCGCAUACGGCUGCGGAGAAGGGCAUCGUGGGCUCUCCGGUGACCGGCUGCGCAUGCAGGCCCAGAACUGUCUGACCAGUCUCUACAAGCUGGACAAGCUUCAGUUCCGGCAGACCAUGAAAGAGUACGUCAACAAGGAUUCGCUCAACAACAUCGUAGACUUCCUGCACGCCCUUCUGGGCUUCUGUAUGGAACCCAUCACUGACAAACACGGCAGUGCAGGUGAGAGGUCCAGGAGGGCGAAUAGGCGAAACUUCGACAAGGCAGGCUUCGGGAACAACUUCGCCACGGGUGGAGACAAGUCUGUGGUGCAGAGCAUGGAGGCGGUGGUGGUGGCGUGCAUGUUCAAGUCCCUCAUAACCAGAUGUGCCUCCACCACUCAUGAACUGCACAGCCCGGAGAACCUGGGUCUGUACUGCGACAUUCGUCAGCUGGUUCAGUUCAUCAAGGAGGCCCACGGGAAUGUUUUCCGCCGCGUGGCCCUCAGUGCCCUGCUGGACAGCGCGGAAAAACUCAACGGCAUGAAGAAGCCAGAGGAAAGAGAUGGAAUUGUGCCUGCAGCCCAGAAAAGUGAGGACCAGAUCCCUGGUGCUCUGCUUGGAAGAAAAGAUUUCUGGAGGAAGAUGUUUAAGUCACAGAGCGCCGCCAGUGACACGAGCAGCCAAUCAGAGCAGGACACCUCAGAGUGUACCACCGCCCACUCCGGCACCACCACGGACCGCCGCUCCCGCUCCCGCUCUCGCCGCAUCUCACUACGCAAGAAACUCAAAUUGCCCAUAGGGAACUGGCUGAAACGCUCCUCCCUGUCGGGCCUGGCGGAUGGCGUGGAGGACCUGCUGGAUAUCAGCUCCGUGGACAGACUGUCCUUCAUCCGCCAGAACGCCAAGGUGAAGUUCACUAGUGCCGUGAAGCUGUCAGAAGAAGGCGCUGUGGAGUACGGCCGCGAGGAGGAGGAGAAUUUCUUCAAGCGGCUCGGUAAAUGGCGGUCUGGUCGGCGGAACCCAUCCAAGCUUCACCACACAGAGGAGAAAGAUGGUUGCCAUGGUUUUCAGGAGCACUUGGCUGCUGGCCAGGAGGCCUUGAAGAAUAAGCAUGUGGUGAACCUGGGAGCGAUCCGGCAGGGCAUGAGGAGGUUCCAGUUCCUCCUGAACUGCUGUGAGCCGGGAACCAUCCCUGAUGCCUCUAUCCUCGCUGCUGCCCUGGAUCUGGAGGCGCCGGUGGUGGCCAGGGCAUCCCUCUUCCUGGAGUGUGCCCGCUUCGUGCACCGCUGCAACCGUGGCAACUGGCCGGAGUGGAUGAAAGGUCACCACGUCAACAUCACCAAGCGCGGGCUCUCGAGAGGGCGUUCGCCCGUGGCAGGAAACAAGAGAAACAACAAACUCCAGUGGAACGCAGCUCGGCACUUCUACCAGUGGGGGGACGCGAUCGGCACGCGCCUGAGUGAGCUCUGCCACUCGGACAGCGAGAGCCCGGCCAACAUCCUGGGAUUUGUGCACGAUGACGAGGGCAAGAGGAAGGCCAGGAAGGAAGACGAGGAUGAGGACUUCCUGGAUGACAAUACUGUCAAUCCCUCCAGAUGUGCCUGCCCCUUCGCACUGAAGAUGGCAGCAUGUCAGCUUCUGUUGGAGAUCACCACCUUCCUGAGAGAGACCUUCCCCUGCCUGUCACGCCCUCGCACAGAGCCCCUAGUGGAUUUGGAGAGCUGCCGCCUGAGACUGGACCCGGAGCUCGGCCGUCACCGCUACGAACGGAAGAUCAGUUUCGCCGGCAUCCUGGACGACGAGGACAGCCACGACUCUCUGAACAGCAGCAGCCACACGCUGAAGUCCGACACCGCCUGUGACGAGAAGAAAUCCUCCCAGGAGCCCCUGGGUAAGAGCAGCACUGGCUGGAUCGGAAUUUUCUCCGCUCGCGGAGCCGCGCUCGAUUUCACUGGACGAACUCUCCUCUCCGCAGCCCCCAUCCGGAAGAUCCGCAUCGGAGGCUCCCGCCUGCUGCAGAUCAAAGGCGCACGGAGCUUCAAGGUGAAGAAGGGAGGAUCCCUAUCCUCCGUCCGCAGGGCGGGCAGCCUGAAGAGCACCAAGAUGUCCCGGCAGGACUCUGAGUCGGAGAACGACGCCGAGUCCGACCGCCUGCUGUCUCAGAGCAGGGACACGGUCACUGACAUCGGGAGCCCCUGGAGUGCCAGUGAGCCCAGCAUUGAGCCAGAAGUUCCUGGGGGCACAGUGGGAGCGGAGGACUACCAUCGUAACAUGUCCUGGCUUCAUAUCAUGGUUCUUCUGUGUAACCAGCAAAGUUUCAUCUGCAACCACGUGGACUUCUGCCACGCGCGCUGUUACCAGCGCCACGGACGCUCCUGCGCCAGGCUGGUCCGAGCCACCAAGCUACUGUACGGGGACGCGGUUGACAGCCUGCGUGACCACUGCCACAUCAGCACACGCACCAAGAAGAGCAAAGAGUGCUCCGACAAGUCAUGCCUGCAGACGCCGUCCAUGAAGAGACGUCCCACCGACAGCAGUGCAGAGGGGAAGAAGGACACAGGGAUGCUCAAGUACAUCCGCACACAGGUGAUGAGUCUGUCUCCUGCACCCCUGUCCCUGCUCAUCAAAGCAGCGCCAAUCCUGACAGAGGACAUGUACGCAGAUGUGCAGCCUGCCGCCUGGGAGCUGUUGCUCAGCGUGGACGAGCACAUGGCUGCAGCUGCAGCGGCCAUGUUCCUGCUUUGUGCGGUGAAGGUGCCCGAUAGCGUCACGGAGAUGAUGAUGGCGGAGUUCCAGCAUCCGGAGGCGACACAAAGGAUCAACUCUGUGCUCAAGUUCUACACGGUCUGGAGAUUCCGCUACCAGGUGUGGCCUCGCAUGGAGGAGGGAGCUCAGCAGAUCUUUAAGAUUCCACCACCCAGCAUUAAUUUCACUCUGCCAUCCCCAAUCCUGGGUAUGCCCUGUGUUCCCAUGUUUGACCCACCGUGGGUGCCGGUGAACGCGGGAACCGUUCCCGACGCCAUUACUGAGGACCAGUCGAAAUCGUUCUCGGCUCGAGCCGUGUCGAGAUCUCACCAGCGUGCCGAGCACAUCCUGAAGAACAUGCAACAGGAGGACGAGAAGAGGCGUCUGGGCCGAGAGGCCAGCAUUAUCACCGCCAUCCCCAUUGCCCAGGAGGCCUGCUACGAGCCCACCUGCAGCCCCCCACCUGAGCAGGAGGAGGAGGAAGAUGUGGUGACCCUUCCGUCCCGCCGACUGUCCGUCAGUCCAUCCUGCGCCUCCAGCAACUCGCACAGGAACUACUCGCUUCGACGCGGCUCGGUUUGGUCCAUGCGCUCGGCGGUCAGCGCUGAAGAGGAGGAGAACACCACAGAACACACACCAACACAUCACCUGCUCCAACCACCCCAGGCUGUUUUCCCAGCAUGCAUCUGUGCCGCUGUGUUGCCUAUAGUUCACCUGAUGGAGGAUGGGGAUGUUCGAGAGGAUGGUGUUGCAGUGAGUGCGCUGGCCCAGCAGGUGCUGUGGAACUGCCUGAUCGAAGACCCCGCCCUCGUGCUCCGACACUUCCUGGAAAAACUCACAGUAAGCAACAGGCAGGAUGAGCUGAUGUACAUGCUGAGGAAGCUUCUCCUCAGCAUCAGUGACCUUCCCGCUCAGACGUCACACAUCCUCUUCAACUACCUGGUGGGUCUGAUUAUGUAUUUUGUACGCACACCGUGCGAGUGGGGCAUGGAUGCCAUCUCUGCCACGCUGACCUUCCUCUGGGAGGUGGUGGGCUACGUGGAGGGUCUCUUCUUCAAAGACCUCAAACAGACCAUGAAGAAGGAGCAGUGUGAGGUCAAACUGCUGGUCACCGCGUCCAUGCCAGGUACCAAGACCCUGGUGGUCCACGGGCAGAAUGAAUGUGACAUUCCCACUCAGCUUCCGGUGAAUGAGGACACUCAGUUUGAGGCACUGCUGAAGGAGUGUCUUGAAUUCUUCAACAUUCCGGAGGCUCGUUCAGCCAACUACUUUCUGAUGGACAAGCGCUGGAAUCUCAUCCACUAUGCCAAGACUUACGUGCGGGACAUCUACCCCUUCCGCCGAUCAGUGUCCCCUCAGCUCAAUCUGGUCCACAUGGCUCCGGAGAAGGGACAGGAGUUGAUCCAGAAACAGGUGUUCUCCAGGAAGUUGGAGGAGGUGGGAAGAGUGCUCUUCCUCAUUUCACUCACCCAGCGCAUGCCAGCUGCGCACAAACAAUCCCACGUCUCCCUGCUUCAGGAAGACCUUCUGCGCUUGCCCUCUUUCCCACGCACAGCCAUAGACGCAGAGUUCACGCUCUUCAGUGAGCCCCUGGGGAAGGAGCUUUUCGGGAUGGACACCCUGCAUAAAGUGUUGUGGGUCAAGCUUCUGGAGGAGAUGUUUCUGGGCAUGCCCAGUGAGUACCCCUGGGGUGAUGAGAUCAUGCUGUUUCUGAACGUGUUCAAUGGAGCCCUGCUGCUGCACCCUGAAGACAGCGCCCUCCUCAGGCAGUACACUGCCACUGCCAUCAACACGGCAGUUCACUUCAACCACCUUUUCUCCUUGAGUGGAUACCAGUGGAUUCUUCCCACCAUACUUCAGACGUACGCGGACUAUGAGAGUAACCCCCUGCUGCGUGGUGGCGUCGAGUUCUGCUGCCGGCAGUUCUACAUCCUCCACCGGAAGCCCUUCGUUCUUCAGCUAUUUGCGAGCGUGGCGCCACUGCUGGAGGUCACUACCAGCACCAGUACCGGACUGUCUAAAGGGGUGUCGGCCCAGUGUCUGUUUGACCUGCUGGUCUCUCUGGAGGGAGAGACAGCAGACAGCCUGGACGCUCUGGAGCUGGUCAAGGCUGAGAAACCGCUUCGCUCUUUGGAUUUCUGCUAUGGCAGCGAAGACCUCGCAUUCUCCAUCAGCGAGUCUAUCAAGCUGUGCGUGACGGUGGUCGCCUACGCCCCAGACUCCUUCCGAAGCCUACAGAUGCUGAUGGUCCUGGAGGCUUUGGUCCCGUGUUACCUGCAGAGGCUGAAGAGCAAUGGCCAGGCCCUGGAGUCGGCGUCCGUCGCCCGGGACGAGAUCGCGGCCAUCGCAGCCCUGGCCACGUCUCUGCAGGCCCUGCUGUACAGCGUGGAGUCUCUGACGCGGCCCAUGACGGCGCCACAAACGAGCCGCUGUGAUCAGGGCCACAAGGGCGGGACUGCUGUCAAUCACACCAUGGCAGGGGGUCCCAACCUCAGGGAUAACCUGCGUCUCCUGGAGGAGGGUCAGGCCAUGCCCCGCGAGGAGCUGGACGAGCGCAUCGCCCGCGAGGAGUUCCGGCGCCCCCGCGAGUCCCUGCUCAACAUCUGCACCGAGUUCUACAAGCACUGCGGCCCACGCCUGAAGAUCCUGCAGAACGUGGCGGGGGAGCCCCGCGUCACAGCCCUGGAGCUCCUGGACAUCAAAUCCCACAUGAGGCUGGCAGAGAUUGCCCACUCACUCCUAAAGCUGGCGCCGUACGACACGCUGACCAUGGAGAGCCGCGGCCUGCGCCGCUACAUCACUGAGAUGCUGCCCAUCACCGAUUGGUCGUCGGAGGCCGUGCGUCCUGCCCUCAUCCUCAUCCUCAAGCGUCUCGACCGCAUGUUCAACAAGAUCCACAAGAUGCCGACGCUAAGGUGCGCGCGUCCACAGGCUCUGUACUCCAGGCGACAGGUGGAGUGGGAGGCGGCCAGCAGUCUCAUUGAGGGCAUCUGUCUUACUCUCUAUCGCCAGCCAAUCAUCUCCUUCCUACCCCACCUACGAUCGCUCAUCAACGUCUGUGUCAACCUGGUGAUGGGUGUGGUGGGACCCUCCAGCGUAGCAGACGGCCUGCCGCUGCUGCACCUCAGCCCCUACCUGUCCCCGCCCCUCCCAUUCAGUACGGCCGUGGUGCGCCUCGUCGCCAUGCAGAUUCAGGCUCUGAAGGACGACUUUCCGCUGAGUCAUGUGAUCUCUCCCUUCACCAAUCAGGAGCGGCGUGAGGGGAUGCUGCUCAACCUCCUGAUCCCCUUCGUGCUCACUGUCGGCUCCGGAAGCAAAGACAGCCCUCAGAUGGAGCAGGCAGAAGUCUCCCUGCUCCUGCAGACAGUCCUCAACAUCCUGCUUCCUCCACGCAUUACCAGCACCUCACGCAGCAAGAACUUCAUGUUGGACGCAUCACCGGCUCACUGCUCCACACCUGGCGACGCAGGCAAGGACCUGCGCAGGGAAGGACUGGCCGAGUCCACUGGCCAGGCCGCCUAUCUUGCCCUGAAGGUGGUGCUGGUAUGUUUCGAGAGGCAGCUAGGGAACCAGUGGUACCGGCUGAGCCUGCAGGUGAAGGAGAUGGCACUGCGCAAAGUGGGCGGUCUGGCCUUCUGGGACUUCAUCGACUUCAUCGUGCGCACGCGCAUCCCCGUCUUCAUGCUCUUGAGGCCCUUCAUACAAUGCAAGCUUCUGACCCAGCCGGCAGAGUCUCAGGAAGAGAUCACGGCCCGCCACCACAUUGCCGACCAGCUGGAGAGACGCUUCAUCCCACGCUCACUCUGCAAGAGCUCCCUGUUCGCCGAGUUCAACAACGAGCUCAAGAUUCUGAAGGAGGCCGUGCACAGUGGCUCGGCAUACCAGGGGAAGACGUCCAUCAGCACGGUGGGGACGUCCACGUCGGCCUACCGCCUGAGUCUGGCCACCAUGUCCCGCUCGAACACUGGCACAGGCACGGUGUGGGAGCAGGACAGCCAGCCGUCCCGCCAGCCUUCGCAGGACACCCUCAGCCGCACGGACGAGGAGGAGGAGGAAAACGAUUCCUUGAGCAUUCCCAGCGUGGUAAGUGAGCACGAGGCGUUCUUCCCGAGCCUCAUCCCCCAGCGGCGUUUCUCCAGUCACGCCACAGGCUGUGCUCCCAGCCAGCCGGAGCCCAGCCGUCUCGCCAUGCUGCCCAGCCACAGUGAACCCAAUGUGGUAGAUGAUUCCCAGGGGAGGCUGGACGAGAGUAGCCUGUCACGGGUCGCCAGCGUCCAGAGCGAACCCGGCCACCACCACCUCCUGCUUCAGCCCCCGCUCGGACGCAAAAGAGGCGUCAGGCAGCUCCGCCGGCCGUUGCUGUCUGUUCCAAGGGUGCAGGAUGAGUGUCGUGGCCGUCAGGGAGCCAGGCUGUCCACCACGCGCCGGAGUAUCCAGCCCAAGGCCAAAGCUCUCGACAGAGCGCACAGUGACCAGAAGAGGUCAGUCACGUUCACAGAGUCCCAGCAGGACACUUCGAGUGUGUCCAUCUCUCUGCCCAGUGCUGGUCUGCCAGAGGUAGAGAGCAGAGGGCGGAGACAUGGCAUGGUGUCACCUACACCACCUACCUGCUGUCAGAGUCCGCCCCCCACCAUCAACGCGGAGCAGCCCAGCCCAGGGGCGCGGCCACAGGCUUCACCUCUGGCUGACAAUAAAGGAACGCGGGAUGGGAGCAGCGUGAGGAGUAGACUGUCUCCCACCACCUCCUCCACCCCAGCCUCCAGGCCCUGCUCCCCGCUGCCCUCCCUCCCGGUCCUCAGCACCCCGAUCCGGCCGAGCCCGACCCAGAUCCGCGAGAGCCCGGAGCACGAGGAGACAUCGGGGCUCCUGCAGAACACGGACACCUCGGCGCAGUCCGCGGAGGAGCAGGGUACGGAGAACCCCCUGCUGUCUUCUCUGCUCGGCCCUCCCUCGCUGCCCACCCUGCCGUGCUCACCCGUGGACUUGGACCUGGACGAGUCUCACGUCUGAGGGAUUCGGUAGCACAGCUCCGCACGCCUGGGAUGGCGGCGCAGUGCAGGGCGAUCUGAAACGCAGACGUGUCCAGCAGAGUUCAAAAAGCAAAGGUGUAUACCAGACCCGACUAACCUCAUUUAAAAGAAAAAACCCAAAGUGCAGGGAAGCUUAAUCUUUGUGUGUCCCUGUGGUCAGGGAUCAGCCCCCAUCAGUCUGACCUCAUGCAGAAGCGUUUGUGAGCCUGUAGGCCAAAGGUCAGUUUGUGCCAAUGGCGUUGAUGUAAACAAACUGGCUUUAAUCGUUCGUAGAGCACUGAGAGUACAAAAUGAAUCAGUGAACAGUAGCACACUGGGUAGAUUGUAAUAAUGAAAUUUAAUGUGAUCAUUUAGCCUAAAUGUUUGACGUCAACAUAUUUUGUGAAGUAUUUAAAAAUAUAGAUUUAAUUAUUGUCAUUACAUUUCAAUUAUACUGAUUAUUUAUUUUGCAUAGUG